CUCUGCCACCUCUACUCUUGGCUCUGACUCCGUUGGACACGCAUGCUGUGUGAGCGGUAGCAGUACGGACCACGCCCCAACUUCCUCCUUCCUGGAGUCGCCCGUUGCACCUGCCGUGUCUGGCGACCCUUCCUCAGCAACCUCGGCCCCACAAACCGGCCAGCAACACGCAUUCUGCGCACAUUGACCGAGCAAGAUGAUGACAACGAGCUACCCUCCGCAUAACGGCGGCAUGCAUCCUCAAGGGUUACCGCCUGGGCACCCCAUGGCAGGUGGAGGACCAAAUCCAGGCCAGCAUAUGCCACCAGGCAUGCACCCGGGUGUAUCAGGUCCCAAUGGCCCGGUCAGCCAGGCUGGACCCAUGAUGGGUAUGCAGCCCGGAAUGGGGCCCAAUGCACAUGCGCUUUCCCAUCUGCAGCCGCAGCAAGCCCAGAUGUUCCAGCAGCAACCACAGCACCCAGGAAUGAUAAACCCUGCCAUGAUGCAACGACAGGCUGCUCUUCAGCAACAGGCCUUUAUGCGACAGCAGCAAUCGCAGCAAAUGCAGGCUCAACAGCAAGGCGGAAUGGGUAUGGGAUUCCCGAAUGCCAUGGCGGGUAUGACCCCACAGCAAAUGCACCAGCUACGGGCGCAGCAGAUGGGACAGCCGUUUGUCCAACUAUCGCCACAUCUGCAACAAUUACAACAACAGCAGCAAAUGGUCAGCCAACAAGGAGGCAAUCCUCAGCAAGCAGCUGCCAUGGCACAGGCUCAAGCCGCACAUCAAGCCCAGCAAGCCCAGCAGCAGCAUCAACAGCAUCAGCAGCAUCAGCAGCAGCAACAGCAGCAACAGCAGCAUCAACAGCAGCAGCAGCAGCAGCAGCAGCAGCAGCAACAGCAGCAACAGCAGCAACAGCAGCAGCAACAGCAGCAGCAGCAGCAACAACAACAACAUUUACAGCAACAAGCAAUUGCCAUGCAGCAUGCGCAGUCUCAGUCAAGCAAUCACAGUCAGUCUGGGAACCAAGGACCACCAACAACUUCGCAGCCUCAGCAAGGCCCAUUACGCCCACCAUCUGCGAUGAGCCAUCAAGGACAAGCUUCGCCUGCUGCCCAACCGCAACCUCCCCAACAGCUACAGCCGCCGCAGCAGCCACAGCAACAGCCACAGCAGCAGCAACAGCCGCAACAGUCAGGUCCUCAACCUCAGCAACAGAUACCAGCACCGGCUCAGCCCCCUAGCCUGCCUCAACAACCUAGUCAGCAGCCCCAAAAUCAAGCUCAGAUGCAGCAGCGCAACGCUGCAAUGGCACAGCAAGCACAGGCACAGAGUCAAGCCCAGGCUGCCCAGGCUGCCCAGGCUCAAGCCCAAGCUCGGAACAUGGCCAUGCUGAAGCAGAGCCAGGCUCAGUCCGGUGGACAGGGGACACUGAAGCUGAUGAACUUUGUAGACCAGUUAGGAAAGUUCACAUCGUCCCGUGGUGAACAGAAUCAGGUGACCUUGUGGCAAAGCUUUGUGGACAAGUUCUUCAACGACAGUGGGUCGUUUAUUCACGUGCUCUAUUCCACGUCCAAGGAGCGCACGAAGCAGUUUGAGAUUGUCUGCGCCGCGUUACCGAGGUACUUCUACACGGUCUUCAAUACGGAUAUCCAAAACAUCCAGAUCACCUUGGACGGUGCCAAGGAGAACGCGGGACCUGGCGAGACCAAAGUCACCUGCGACCGAGCAAAGUUCAUCUACACCUACGAAAACCAGUGUCAGGUCGUAUACACUGGAAAAUUAACAGCAUUCUGGUCAGGCUCUGACAAAAUGGAAUGGCUGCAAUUCGAAGGAACAGGUCAUCAACAGUACAUCCCACGCAAUGCUCUGGAACAGCUGUUCCUGCAGCCGUCUCCCAACCCGAUGAACCCGAAUCAGUCGCCACGUAUGAAUAAGAAUGCAGCCAAGAACAAGCAGCAACAACAGCGCAACGCACUCGAGCCACCAGAACCAUACCUCCCUUUAUCCAAGCUGCUCAGCACUGGCGUAACCGAUCUGGGCAUACCUCCUGCGCUGCAGCAUUAUCUUGAGAUCUACGAAACGAUGAACAACAUGUCGAGUUUAAUGACUCACUAUCUUGAAAACUCCAACAUGAAGCCCAGCGAAGCACUCGAAUCCUGGAACAGCAUGAUGCAGAACACAUCCGGCGCCAUGGGCCAACAAAACCCACAGAUGCAAGGACCACCGAACCCUGGACAGCAACAAGGAAACAUGCCGCCUGGCGCACGUGGACCACAGGGCCCAGGGCAGCCUGGUCAACCAAUGUUCAUGUCACCAGCCAUGGCGAACCAAUUACUGCCCAAUGGAGUCAUGAACGGAUCGCCUCACAUGAUGCACACGCCAUCCCCUGCAGCUCACCAAAUGGUCAAGCAACAGAGCCAGAGUUCACACACGGCUAGCGUCAACACUUCGCCCAACAUCACCGGGAAGCGACGGCGGAGUACAGUCAAACUAGAUCAGGACGACGAUGGGCCCAAGAUUAAGCAAAGUCCACGGGUAGGCGGCGGCAAGAGAAUGAAGGCAGGCAGCUAGACGUUGCCUGGCAGCCCUCAAACUGUUCCAUAUUCGCCACUUCGACUAGCCUCUGCCGUGGUCGAUCUUACCUGAGGUACUUCAGGCUGGUGCAAGCAACUAGGUAUUGUUGCCUAGCAGUCACGCAUAUCUCUUAGGAAGGGCCGAUCCUCAUCACGGUUCAUAUCAAAGAGACCUGUCAGGCCUGAAAUAAUCCUGCUCGGCAUCCAGAUCAUGUCCUUGAUCAU